UACUAAACUAGCCAAUUGAGAAUCUCUUUCUAUUUGAUCGUGGAGUGUAUUUGUGGAGGUGACAAAAAUGAAAUCUAUUAGCGCGUGUUGUCCCAAAUAGUUUAAGGGCCCAAGAAAAUGUAUAUUUUUUCAAGUGUUCAAUUCUCACAUGUGCAUAUAAGUACUCUUUGUUGAGUCUUCCCAUAACAAACCUCCAUAUCAUCGUGCAAAGUCAUGAGCACCUCAGAAACUUUCUUCAAGUGUUCAAUUCCCUUCUUGUAAAUUACACACAUAAAAUGAUUUCUUCAAGUGUACAUAGUGAAUGCAUAGUGAGAUGAGUUUGAUUUUUGCCCCAGAACUCAUCAUAAAGAUGAGCUGAUAUCAUCCCAACCUUUCAUAUCCGAUUCCCAUAACUUAAUCUGUUAAACAAAGUUACAUUUCAAAUCAUUGUCGAUUAAGAUAAAAUUCACUUGGAAAAUGUUAUCAUUUAGGAUAAAUGUAUUCAAGAACUUGAUGAUUCACAAAACCAGCAUAACCAAAUUCACUUUUGAUUGAGAGUUGACAUGUACUAAACAUUGAAUCUGAAUAGUAGUAGAAAUAUUUGGGUUUUUAAAUGUAUCUUUUAACAUUGAGAAAAAUAUAAACCUAAUUAGUAACAUUUUAACAUUUUCUGGUACGGAGGGUAUUCUAUCUGCAACAUGAGAAUCUGCAUUUUUUGCUGAAGAAAAGAAAUUAUCUGCAGAUACAAUGGCUGAAAUUUCAAAGAAGAAAAUUAUAUUCUUAUAGAAGAAACAAACAAGAAAAUCUGAAAGUAUAUUUGGUGGAACAUACAACAUAUAAUUGAGGGUCCCUUUUAAUUGAGGGUCCUAGGAGAAGACUGGACAAUCAGAUAGGCCUAACCUUCGGCAUUAUUUUUAUAAAGUGGCUGCUCUCAAUUUUGAACCUUCAUUCUCACACUUAGAAGAGCUGGAACUACAUUUUCUUGGGCUUAGAAGAGCUGUGUUUGGUCUGCUUGUAUGACAUUUCAAUGAAAAUUUGUCCUAUUCUAUCCAUUGUUUUGAACAAUCAAGAAAACAAUAAAAGCAGCCCCAGCUAGGACCGUUCACAGAACAGAAAUUAUAAUUUGUUUUUGAAACAUUUAUAAAAAAAAAUAAAAAAAAAGUACUCAUUCAAGUCCCAUGGACAAAAUUAUAUGGACUCAUUCAAUUUUCAUGUAUGGAUGAGGAUGGGGAUUGGGGGUGUCCUUAAUAAUACCCAGUUAAUGGUGAGUCAAAGUUAACCAGUAGCAAUAGGUAACAGGUGGGUACAAUUAACUACACAUUUAUUAGUGAAUCCUUAAUUGUCAAAAUUUUAAUUAAUUUUGCUGAUAUGGUCCUUCCACUUCCUUAUUUUAAAAAUAAAGGCCUCUUUAAUUUUCUUGAGCAAAAGCAGCCAUUCCCAUUAAUAAUGUUAAUAGCACCAUGUAAUGUAGAGUAUAUAUAUAUAAAUCAGUUCAUUUGUACACCCCUCUAUUCUUCAGCAUAACCUACAUUUGUUCAGUAUAUCUAGUAGAACUGUAUUUGUAUUUAUUAACCUUAUAAUGACCUUAUGAAUUUUUCUUUCACAGUCCUUAUUAAAUUUCUGCAAAUUUGACUGCUCAUUAUAAUUUUUAAAUAUAUGAUAUGUUUCUCUCUUGCUAUUUUAAAUUCAAAAAAAAUCUUUGCAUAAGAAAAAAAUUGUAAUCAUAUUGAAUGUGUUUAGAUUUGAAUUAAUGCAAUCUUUGGGGAGCUCUUUCAGUACCCAUCAGAAAUACAUGUAGUUCUAAUCUCUUACACUAACUAGAUCUGAUGUGUUAGUUGAAGCAUUUGUAGAUAGACAAUAAUGAAUGCUCGGACAGUACGAUGGACCUAUUUGAAGCAUUUGUAGCACUCCAAGAAGUUGUGUCAUCUAUUAACUAUGCAUGUGGUGUGUACAUUAUUGUACUACAAGUUGCCUUGGAGAGGUACCAAUCUAUGUUGGAUAUUAAAAGGUCACCACAUCCCUUCCAAGCACAAUUAGACUAUUUGAAUAGAUUGGUGAAGGAUAGCGAUAUUGAUUGUCAUGAACAACUCCGAGUGAAUAGGCAUACCUUCAUGUGUCUUUGUACACUUGUUCGAAGUGUGGGAUUAUCUGAUUCCAAAUAUGUCCUCUUAGAGGAGAAAGUUGCAAUGUUCUUAAAUGUGAUUGCACACGACUAUAAGAAUCGCAACAUCAAGUUCAAUUUCAUGCAGUCUGGGCAAACAGUUAGUCAGUACUUUAACGAUGUCCUGAAGGCUAUUUUACGCCUACAAGGUGUCUUACUUAAGACACCAGAGCCAAUAACUGCAAAUUGCACAGAUGAUAGAUGGAGGUGUUUUCAGAAUUGUCUUGGAGCUCUAGAUGAAACUUAUGUUAGGGUUCUUGUUCCUGCAAUAGAUAAGCCAAGAUAUAGAACACAGAAGGGUGAAAUUGCUACUAAUGUCUUGGGUGUUUGUUCCCAAGACAUGCAAUUCAUUUAUGUGUUGCCUGGAUGGGAAAGGUCAGCUUCAGAUUCUAGGGUACUUAGAGAUGCUGUGAAUAGACCAAAUGGUUUGAAGGUGCCGAUGGGUAUGAAUCUAUAUAGUUAAUUGAUCUAAUCUUAAUUGCCCACUUUUUAAAGUACUUAUACAUAUGAAACCCAUACUUGUUUUCAGGUUUCUACUAUCUUGUAGAUGCGGGUUACACUAAUGGAGAGGGUUUCUUGGCGCCAUUUAGAGGGCAACGCUAUCACCUCUCUACAUGGAGAGAAGGGGGUAUCCCAGUGAAUCCUGAGGAGUUCUUCAACAUGAAGCACUCUGCUGCUCGUAACGUUAUUGAGAGGUGUUUUGGGUUACUCAAGAUUAGGUGGGCAAUACUGAGAACUGCUUCGUACUACCCAAUCAAGACCCAGGGUCGUAUUAUUACCGCAUGUUGCCUUCUCCACAACCUCAUCAGACGUGAAAUGCCAGUGGAUCCAUUUGAGUUCGAGUUAAAUAACACUCCUAUACCUCAACCUGAUUUAGGAGAAGAGUUCAGCAAUACAGUAGAGCCAUCAAAUCAAUGGAGUGAUUGGAGGGAUACAUUGGCAAACAUAAUGUUUAAUGAAUGGCAAGCAAAUAGAGGAGUUGGUGGAAAUCCUCCGUAGUUGAGAUAAUUUAUUUAAAUAUUUUAUUUGUAAUGAUGAGAAUCUUGUCUAUUUUCAUAAUUGAAAAAUAUGUAAUGAGAAUCUUACGUAGUUGAGAUGGAUUUAUUUUUCAAGCUAAUCAAUUUUAUUUGUUUUAA